GUUAGCCAGACGUUAUCUCUGCCGUCAUUUCCGCUUCCGGUUAAGUACGGAAGUUGCCUAAGCAAAAUGGCGGCUACCGCGACGGAGAAGUCAACAAAAGAGCGUCUCUUGUGCGUUUUGGAUGACUUGGAGGUUUUAUCACGGGAGCUGAUUGAGAUGUUAGCUUUGUCCCGUAGUCAGAAACUUCCACAACCCGGAGAGGACACUCAGAUCCUGGACCUGCUAGUGCAGCGUGACCGUGAGUUCCAGGAGCUGAUGGAGGUGGCCCAGCAGCAGGGAAAGGUGCACCAGGAGAUGCAGCUUCUGGAGAAGGAGGUGGAGAAGCGGGACAGCGACAUUCAGCAACUACAGAAGCAGUUGAAGGAGGCCGAACACAUUCUGGCGACAGCAGUUUACCAGGCCAAAGAGAAGCUGAAGUCCAUUGAGAGGGCCAGGAAAGGAAGCAUCUCCUCAGAGGAGAUCAUCAAGUACGCUCACAGAAUCAGCGCCAGUAAUGCUGUGUGCGCCCCACUCAACUGGGUCCCAGGUGACCCACGGAGACCUUACCCCACCGACCUGGAGAUGCGCAGCGGGAUGUUGGGUCACAUGGCCAACUUGCCUACCAAUGGUGUGAAUGGACAUCUUCCUGGUGAUGCGCUCGCUGCUGGGAGGUUGCCAGAUGUCCUGACGCCCCACUACCCCUGGCCGUCGUCUGAUCUUUCUGUUGGCAUGCUGCCUCCGCACCAUGGCAACGACUUCGGUUUGGAACCUCCGGGACACAACAAGGAGAACGAGGACGACGUAGAGGCCAUGUCGACGGACUCUUCUAGCAGCAGCAGCGACUCAGACUGAAAGACCCUUCUGUGUGUGUGUGUGUGUGUGUGUACAUUUAAACUUGUAAAUAAAACAUUUU